GCUAAAAUAAGGAUGCCAUCUUGCUCAAUUUAAGCAGCUGUUAAUGAUUUAUUAUUAUUAUAAAUCCAAUUUUUUACGAUAUACAAAGCUCUAAUUUGUGUACAAACAUUAGUUUCAAGCAAAUAGGCCAAAUAGAAGAAAGUUAACUACAUAAAAAUUCCAGGUUCCUUGUCAAUCGAAGGGCGUUAAUGAAAUGUCCGAUUGUCUUGGAAGGCAGCACGGAUCCUGCGGAGUUUCGGGAAAGCGCAUCAGAAGGAAGCGCGUUCCCGCGCGCACACACGUACAUGCGCAGACUCCAGCUGCACACCGGGAGCAUCCCUGCGCAGAGAGAGCGCUCUCCUUGCUCUCAGUCUAGAGCAAUCGCUUCAUUUGUUUGUUUUUUUUUUCUUCACAUUUUGUCAUCACAGACUCUCACUGACGACGCAGAAUGACGCGGGGCCCCGCCGAGCUCCGUGCAUGCUGAGGCCCGCACACAUCCACCUUGCACCGGCAUAAAGACCCUCACUGACCGCACCGAUAUUUUUUUUUACUGGCAGUCAGCCCAAGACGGAAUGUCAAGCAGCCCUGAAGGAAGUCGCUCCGGGGGCGGCGGCUGCGGCUCCGACCGAGACUCCAAACGGGCCUCCUCGAGCAACACGUCCCCGGAGGGUGGACCUCCACUGCCGCUGCACCAGAACCGCAUACGGCAGUCUGACAGUAACACCAGUUUUCUCCGGGCUGCCCGAGCCGGAAACACUGACAAAGUCCUUGAAUUCCUCAAAAAUGGAGUAGACAUCUGCACCUGCAACCAGAAUGGUCUCAAUGCAUUACACCUGGCAGCUAAGGAAGGACAUAAAGAUUUAGUAGAAGAACUGCUGCAAAGAGGAGCCUCCGUUGACUCUUCUACCAAGAAAGGAAACACUGCCCUCCAUAUCGCCUCAUUGGCAGGACAAAAAGAAGUAGUGAGGCUGCUGGUGAACAGAGGGGCAGAUGUCAAUGCUCAGUCACAGAAUGGCUUCACUCCUCUCUACAUGGCGGCCCAGGAAAAUCAUUUGGAGGUGGUGCGGUACUUGCUGGAAAAUGAAGGAAACCAAAGCAUUGCAACAGAAGAUGGCUUUACCCCUCUUGCGAUCGCCCUCCAACAGGGCCACAACUCGGUGGUCUCGCUGCUUUUGGAGCAUGACACCAAGGGUAAGGUCCGCCUGCCUGCCCUGCACAUAGCGGCCCGCAAAGAUGACACCAAGUCUGCUGCCCUCCUGCUUCAGAAUGACCACAAUGCUGAUGUGCAGUCGAAGAUGAUGGUCAAUAGAACCACAGAGAAUGGGAAGAGUGGUUUCACUCCCCUGCACAUCGCUGCUCACUACGGCAACGUGAACGUCUCCACUCUGCUGCUGAACAGAGGAGCUGCCGUUGACUUCACGGCGCGGAAUGAGAUAACGCCUCUUCAUGUGGCCUCCAAGAGAGGAAACACCAACAUGGUGGCUUUGCUGUUGGAUCGAGGGGCUCAAAUAGAUGCUAAGACAAGGGAUGGUCUGACCCCUCUACACUGUGCCGCCAGGAGUGGACAUGACACGGCCCUGGAGCUUCUGCUGGAAAGAGAAGCACCCAUUUUAGCUAGAACCAAGAACGGACUGUCCCCGCUGCACAUGUCAGCCCAGGGAGACCACAUAGAGUGUGUGAAACUGUUGCUGCAACACAAGGCACCUGUUGACGACAUUACACUCGAUUACCUCACGGCGCUGCAUGUUGCCGCUCACUGUGGCCACUACAGAGUCACCAAGCUCCUCCUAGACAAGAAAGCCAAUCCAAACGCCAGAGCGCUGAAUGGAUUUACUCCUCUCCAUAUUGCUUGCAAGAAAAAUCGAGUGAAAGUGAUGGAGCUCCUUAUUAAAUAUGGUGCUUCCAUCCAGGCCAUUACUGAGUCUGGAUUGACACCCAUCCAUGUAGCAGCUUUCAUGGGUCACCUCAACAUUGUUCUGCUGCUGCUGCAGAACGGAGCCUCUCCUGACGUCCGCAACAUUCGUGGUGAGACAGCGCUUCACAUGGCAGCACGAGCAGGUCAGAUGGAAGUGGUUCGCUGCUUGUUGAGAAAUGGAGCCCUGGUGGAUGCUAUGGCCAGGGAGGACCAGACACCGCUCCACAUUGCCUCUCGUUUGGGUGAAACCGAUAUUGUCCAACUGCUCUUGCAGCACAUGGCCCACCCGGAUGCUGCCACCACCAACGGCUACACCCCUCUCCACAUUUCAGCCAGGGAGGGUCAGGUAGAGACAGCGGCUGUGCUGCUGGAGGCAGGAGCCUCGCACUCGCUGGCCACCAAGAAAGGAUUCACUCCCUUACAUGUAGCAGCCAAAUAUGGAAGCCUUGAUGUAGCGAACCUUCUCCUUCAACGGAAAGCACUUCCAGACGAUGCUGGGAAGAACGGCCUGACUCCAUUACAUGUAGCAGCUCAUUAUGACAACCAGGAUGUGGCUCUGCUGCUGCUGGAUAAAGGGGCAUCACCUCAUGCCACUGCAAAGAAUGGCUACACUCCACUUCACAUUGCAGCUAAGAAGAACCAGACCAACAUUGCUUUAGCGUUGCUGCAGUACGGAGCAGAGACCAACGUUCUGACCAAGCAGGGAGUCAGUCCCCUGCACCUGGCAGCCCAGGAAGGACAUGCUGAGAUGGUCAGCCUGCUGCUACGCAAAGGAGCUCACGUCAAUACAGCAACCAAGAGCGGACUCACUCCUUUGCAUCUCACAGCCCAGGAGGACAGAGUGAACGCAGCGGAGGUUCUGGCCAAACAUGAUGCGAACCUGGACCAGCAAACUAAACUUGGAUACACUCCUUUGAUAGUAGCGUGUCAUUACGGAAAUGUCAAAAUGGUUAACUUCCUGCUGCAGCAAGGUGCCAGCGUCAAUGCCAAAACCAAGAAUGGUUACACACCACUUCACCAGGCAGCACAACAAGGGAACACACACAUAAUUAAUGUUUUGCUGCAACAUGGGGCCAAACCCAACACAACCACAGUAAACGGGAAUACUGCUCUGUCCAUUGCCAAACGCCUGGGUUACAUCUCUGUGGUUGACACGCUGAAAGUCGUUACAGAAGAGAUCAUCACCACCACGACUACGGUGACAGAGAAACAUAAACUCAACGUUCCAGAGACCAUGACAGAGAUUCUAGAUGUAUCGGAUGAGGAAGUUUUGAAGGUGGAAGAUGAAGCAUUUUCUGAGAUGAUAGUAGCACUGGAAGGUGAGGACACAAUGACAGGGGACGGUGGGGAGUACCUGAGAGCAGAGGACAUAUGGAAACUGCAGGACGACUCUCUGCCAGAACAUUAUCUGGACAGCUUCGACAACUUCCACAACUUCGACAGAUCCCAGCACACUCCUAUUCACCAAAGCUUUCAUCAGAGGGAGGACGUUCUCUUCGAAGACAUACUGACGAGUCACCAGGUAUCAACACUGUCUAGAGAGAACAACAAGGAAACUUUCCGUCUGAGCUGGGGUGCUGAACAUCUCGAUAAUGUCAUGCUGUCUUCCAGUCUGCUGCACUCAGGCCGUUCCUCUCCAUGCCUAGACCAUGACAACAGCAGCUUCCUGGUUAGCUUCAUGGUAGAUGCCAGAGGCGGAGCUAUGCGUGGUUGUCGUCAUAAUGGCCUACGGAUCAUUGUGCCACCAAGGAAGUGUUCGGCACCCACCCGCGUAACAUGCAGACUGGUAAAGAGGCAUCGCUUGGCUUCCAUGCCCCCCAUGGUGGAGGGCGAGGGGCUUGCUGGUCGCAUCAUAGAGGUCGGACCGACUGGAGCUCAGUUCCUGGGUAAGCUCCAUCUUCCCACUGCUCCUCCCCCUCUGAAUGAGGGCGAGAGCCUGGUCAGUCGCAUCCUGCAGCUGGGUCCUCCAGGAACAAAGUUCCUCGGGCCUGUGAUUGUAGAGAUUCCCCAUUUUGCCGCUCUUCGGGGCACUGAGAGGGAACUUGUGAUCUUGCGGAGUGAAACCGGAGACAACUGGAAAGAACACCACUGUGACUUCACUGAGGAAGAGCUGAACCAGAUCCUUAAUGGCAUGGAUGAAAAGCUUGAUUCCCCCGAAGAGCUUGAAAAGAAGAGAAUUUGCCGAAUCAUCACCAGAGACUUCCCUCAGUACUUCGCGGUGGUAUCGAGGAUAAAGCAGGACAGCCAUCUGAUUGGUCCUGAGGGUGGCGUGCUCAGUAGUACCCUUGUGCCCCAGGUUCAGGCCGUCUUCCCUGAAGGUGCCCUCACUAAGAAGAUCAGAGUCGGGCUACAGGCUCAGCCUAUUGACGUGGAGCUGGUGAAAAAGAGUCUUGGCAACAAAGCCACUUUUAGCCCAAUUGUUACAUUAGAACCCAGACGGAGAAAAUUUCACAAACCGAUCACCAUGACGAUUCCAAUCCCCAAGAGCUCCAACACCGAUGGGCCAAAUGCCAUGUUCAGUGGGGAGACCCCCACGCUACGUUUACUCUGCAGUAUAACAGGUGGAACCACACCUGCCCAGUGGGAAGACAUCACCGGCUCCACACCACUCACCUUUGUUAACCAGUGUGUUUCCUUCACCACCAAUGUUUCAGCAAGGUUCUGGCUUAUAGACUGCAGACAGACCCAGGAGUCUGUUAAUUUUGGGACACAGCUGUAUAGAGAAAUCAUCUGCGUACCCUACAUGGCUAAGUUCGUCAUCUUUGCCAAAACGCUGGACCCCAUUGAGGCACGGUUGCGGUGCUUCUGCAUGACAGAUGACAAGAUGGACAAAACCUUGGAACAGCAAGAGAACUUCACCGAAGUAGCUCGCAGCCGAGAUGUUGAGGUGCUGGAGGGAAAACCCAUAUAUGCAGACUGCUUCGGAAACCUUGUACCCCUUACCAAGAGUGGACAGCACCAUGUGUUCAGUUUCUUUGCUUUUAAAGAGAACAGACUGGCACUCUUUAUUAAAAUUCGUGACACUGCCCAGGAGCCCUGUGGACGAUUGUCCUUCACUAAAGAACCACGCACAUACCGAAGCCUUCAUCACAAUGCCAUCUGCAACCUUAACAUCACUCUUCCAACAUACUCAAAAGAGUCUGACUCAGAUCAAGAUGGGGAAGAUGAGAGUGAGAAGAGUGAGAAGAAAUAUGAUGAAUCUGAGUCUGAGACAUUCUCACUGAGAACUAAUCAACCACUUGAUCCUGCAACUCUUGCAAGUCCAGACCUUCUAUCAGACAUAUCAGAUGUCAGAUUACCUGCAGUAUUUCCAAUAGAUGUCUAUGAGGAGAGAGCUAGGGCUGUAGUGCUGGUUGAAAAAGAAUCAUUUGCUGCAGUGGAACACUUUAAAGAUAGAUCUGAAAAGACUGGAGAGAUUCAAAAAGAGAACCUUAUUAAUACCAGUAUGUCAGUGAAAGAAAGGACAGCCAUGGUCUCGAAAGUCAGCACAGACAUGGGAGAAAACUUUGAACCUGCUGUGAGACAUAGUUCACAAGAAGACCUUGUCCAAGACACAUCUGGUCAAGAUACUAUAUUGCAAACAGCACUACAUAGCAAACAGCGUCCCCCAAAUAUCAAAAAACCUAUAAGGAAAAAGCUUAGAGAACGAGAGCUGUCUAGGUGUAGCAGCUCUGAGGGGGAGCUGGAAAGGGUGAGCUCUGAGGAAUCUUUGGAUGGCGAUGUUAUUCUUGAAGAAAGUGUUUCAGCUAGCUCAGUUAUUCAGCCCCCUGUUUCUCCUUUAAUUAUUGAGACACCUAUAGGGUCCAUAAAAGACAAGGUUAAGGCUUUACAAACCAAAGUUGAACAGGAGGACAUGCAAAAAACUAGUCAAGGUGUAGCAUGUGCAGAGAAAUCUUUCAUCAUUCCAAUGAAACGAGACGAUGUCAUGCCAGAACUUCCUCAAGUUCCCAAAUCCCCUAAAUCUCCUAGAUCUCAGACAGAAAGAUUAGAGGAGACUAUGUCAGUGAAGGAGCUAAUGAAAGCCUUUCAGACUGGACAGGACCCAUCAAAAUGUAAAUCUGGGCUUUUUGAGCAUAAGGCACCACUUUCUUCUCACAGUGAAACAUUGAAUUACAAGCUUAAAAAUACCGAAGAGACACUUGGUACAGAGCAGAGUCCAACCUAUGAGAUUCCUGUCAUUUUCAGUCAACAGGAGGAUGUGAAUAAAGUGGAUAAGAUGGACAUGAAAGAUGAACAAGUUAGCUCAAUCAGAAACACGACUGAGAAGACCCUGUUGAUAUCAGAAAGACUUUCCAAUGGUAAAACAGUAAAGUUUGCUGAUACAGUUCAAUAUGACUUUGGAAAUGAGAGCCCAUUGGCAGAGUGCAGAGACAAAGAGCUGCAAGACAAAGAGACACUGUCUGUGAAGGAGAGGAUGAAAAUGUUCCAAACAGAACAGGAUUUCCCACAAAAUACCACAGGACUUUCACAACACAAAGACAUAACGUCUUCUAGCACACAGUUUGUGUCUGAAUCUGAAUCCCAGGACCAUGCUCAGAGCCUCACGGUUCUUAGUCCACAAGAUGACCCCAUCAUAUACGGCAGCACAGAAGAUGAAACAGCAGAUUUUGUGCGACGUAAAUCUGAGGAAGCAGCAGUUUCAGAUGGUUCUCUUUUUGGAAAAACAGUUUCAUGUCCUGAUUCUGUUAAAAGCGAGACAGUAAAUAUCUGUUGCCCAGGUGAGGAGCAAGGUAAGCCCACUGUGUCUGUGAAAGAACUAAUGAAAACAUUCCAGGACCCUUCAGCUGAACAUGGACACAUUCAAAAUAUUAAAACCAGUGAUGUUGCAGCUCCUCAAACACAAAAGGAUAUUCCAUCCCUUACUCCAGUUCACCAAACAGAAAACAAAGAGAACGAGUGUAAAAAUGAAUCUCAACAAAGUUCUGAUGUGACCUAUUUUAGAAAUACUGAUGAAAAAAUGGCGAAGAUGGAUUUCAAUGAAGCGUCAGAUUUGUCAGAGGAAAGCCCAGGGAAAAUGCAGUUAGAUGGAUCCUUCUUAAGCACUUUUAGGAGUUUAUCUGAGGAAAUGCAAAUCAGCCCUGAUCGCAGACCUUCUGAGGACUUCAGUGCUGACAUAAAGGCUGAACUGGAAGAAAAUCCUGAAUAUCAGCUGUUUAGGCAGACUCAAACAGUUUCAGAUGUCAAUUAUCCACCGUUGGCCCUUGAAGGGAACGAAUCACCUGGUGACUUUGACAGUCCUUGCGAUGUGGGAGACAUCAGCUCCAACCUUCCUGGGACACCCACGGAUGAAAACUUGACUGAAUCUUCAGACAAGAGAGUUGAUUCCUCCUUUUCUAGGUCAGGAGAAAUACAAACUUCUGACACCCACCAAGGAAGAAAUGAAAAGACUUUUAGUCUUUCAAUAAGUGAAACCAAAGAAGAAAAGAAUAUUUUUGAGGCAGAUGAGGCAGAUGUAUUGGCUGAUAAUGAAAGCAAAAUACUUUAUAGACAAACUGACAUAGAAGAAAAAGAAGCCAUCAUCAGGGAGCCAGAACUUGAAAAAAUCCAGACAAAGAAGAAAACAUCUUACCAGGCAUCUGCAGCAGAAAAGGACAUGCAAGGGACGCUGUUGUUAAUGGGAAAGGAUUUGGAUCAGUGCCCACAGAUUAAGUCUUUUGAAAAACAUAAAAUUGAUCAGGAGUGUCAAGAAACAGAUGUACUUGAAGAAACAGAUGAAGACACUUUAGCAUCAACAUCUAACAACAAAACAUUGAUGGGUGAAAGAACACAGGUUUUGACAAAGGAAAAUAUAGUUAUGGGGGCAGGUGAAAAAAGAAAGAGUGAACUGGAAAAAGACCAAACAUCUGAAACAUUGAAAGAUUUCUCAACAGACUUUUCAGUCAGUGAUGGUAAAUUCUCCCCAUACAAGGACAAGAAAACAUGUCAAAUAAAAGAAGAUAUAGAUAGUGAAAGUAGUGAAUCUGAAAACACAACAGAGGAAAUUGGCCAUUCGAGGUUCAUACAAGAAUACAAAAGAGAAGGAGCAAGGUUACAACAAUCUGAAACCAACAAGAAUGUGCCAGAUAUGUUUUCACAUGUCAGCUCUGAUGUUCAUGAAUUCAUUAAAGAAGAGCCAGUGGGAAGAAAAAGCCAUCUGGAAGAUGUUCUCCAUGAGAACUUCAGAGAAGUAAAACUGUCUAGAGAUCAUUCAGAAGAACAAAUGGAGGAAAAGAAAAACUCAGAGACUGUUGUAAUUUCACCCAAAGAACAACGAAUGAUUUCAGUUUUGGAGACUCCAUGCCAACAAACUCAUACUGAAAGAAAGAUAUAUCCAGAACAUUCUGUAUCUGAGAAAGAUACGACAGGCAUGUUGUCACAUCUCAGCAGUGACCUAGCAGAAUAUCUCAAAGAAAAGCCAAUGAUGAGACAAAGUCAUUCUGAGGAGGAUCUAAUAAAUGAGCAAUGCAAAGAAAAAAAGCUGGUAAGAGAUUUUUCAAGAGACAGAGAGGAAAACUUGGAGACUCAUGAAGUUCAAGUCAAAGAACAAAUGGUGUUUGAGACUCAGAUUGAACAAGUUUAUAUGGAGAGAAAAGGAAGCCCACAAAAGCCAGUAAUUGAGAAAGAUAUGUCAGGCAUGUCGUCACAUCUCAGUUGUGACCUGGAUGAAUAUUUCAAACAUAAACCAGUGACAAGUCAAAGUCAUCUUGAGGAAGAUCUGGUAAGCGAAAGCUGUAAGGAAUUAAAACUUGUGAGAGAUGAUUCAGAAGACAAGGUUGUGGUUGACAAAAUCUUGCAGACUCAUGUAGUUGGUGUCAAGGAACACACACAAGCCUCAGGUUUGGAAACUCAUUUUGACCAGUUUGAUGAUGUGAGAAAAGGAACUCCAAAACAGCCAGUGACUGAAAAAGACAUGUCAACAAUGUUGUCACAUUUGAUAACUGACAUAGAUGAGUGUGUCUCAAAAAGUCCAGUGAUAACAAAAAGUAUUUCUGAUGAGGACCUGAUAAGUGAGAGCUGCAAAGAACUUAAAUUGGCAAGGGAUCAUUUAGAAGAACAGAUUGGGGGAGGGGGGAACAUCCAGCUGGCUGCAUUUGGAGUCAAACAGAAACAACAAUCAUCAGAUUUAGAGAGUGAAUUUGAACAGGUUUACUUUGAGAGAAAAGGAAGCCCACAAAAGCAUGUGACUGAGAAAGAUAUGUCUAGCAUCUCGUCCCUUCUCACUAAUGACCUGGAUGAAAAUGACAAACAAAGUCAUUCUGAGGAAGAUCUGGUCAGUGAGAGCUGCAAAGAAAUAAAACUGCCAGGGCAUAAUUUAGAAGAGAAUUUAAGUUUAGCUGCUUCAUCACAUCUCAACAUACAGGGGUCUUUUCAGGUUUCAAGUACUCAUAGCACACUAAAACGACCAUCUGAUUUAGGCAGCCUUCAGACUCAGGGGUUUGAUGACUCAGAUCAGGAACCAUGCCAUCAGGAUUCAUUAGAGGCCAGUCCUCUUAUGGAAGACAGAUCAUCAAAGUCUCCUGAUUCCAUUGAGCCAAGCCCCACUAAAGAAUCUCCAUGUCAAGACUCUCUUGAAGGAAGUCCUACUCAACCAAAGGAACAACAAUUUCAAAUGCCAGUGCAGACAGCUGUGUAUGAAGAUUAUGCUUCCCAGCUCAAAGCAUGUUUUGCUUCUGAUAAAGCCAUUCAUACAGCUGAAUCUGGCAACACUACACAAGAAAACAUAACUGCAAUCCCACAAGUGGAUAGUAAAGUGAUGGAUGAUCAGUCUCCUAAGUCUACACAUGAAGUAACUGGGUUCAGUAUGUGGUCAAACGAGGGUGUUCACGCACUCAUUAGGCAUGACUCUCUUGGUAGUAAUGACAGUGAGAAUGACACCACCAAUAAACAACACACUCCAGAAGAGGAGAUGUUUAAAAUAGCUGUAAAGAUCAAAACAUUUGAUGAAAUGGAACAUGAAUCCAAAAUGAAGAAAGACAAAUUGGUAGAUGCCCCGUCUCUAUCUGAUGAAAGUGCAGUGGAUCUAAGUUUUGAUCCAGCUACAAAGGCUUCCUUAACAGAUGUGCUACACCAAAGCUCUGAAAAACAAGGAGCAGAAAUCUCUAAUCAGCCAGUUGAAGAUACACUGUGUGUAAUUACAAGUCAGAAAGAGGAACCUGAGAGAAGUGUCUCUGUGCCCCAAGUAGCAGAAAUACACAAAGUCAUGACAGAAGGUGUGAGUUCUCAAGUAGCAAAAGCACCUUUUACCUGCACUGUGAGAAAUGAGGAUACCUUACCCAGUGGCUUUGCAAAUGAGACAGUAUUAACAGAUGAUUGGGAGUUUAACAAUGAACCCCAGGACUACAAAACUAUUGAAGUAGAAGAUGUCACAUUAUGUUGCAGUUAUGAUAAUGUGACCUUAAGGGAACAUAAUGAGGGUGAGCAACAAGUGCCUCUUGAUGCUUUGGAGGACACAAAACAACCUGAAAAAAUAAUUGUGCAGACACCAGGUGGGGAGAAAAGCCCCAGUCCAUUUCAGUUUCAGGAAGGAAAGCUAUUUGAAAUGACUCGGGGUGGAGCUAUUGAUAUGACAAGAAGAACCUUUGAUGAGGAAGAGGAAUCAUAUUCAUUCUUUCAUGUUGAGGAGGCUGUUUGGGAAACAAGUGUUUCAGACACAACUCUUCAAGGGACCCCAAGAUCACAGCUAACUCCAGAUGUCUGUGAUGUAACUUCCAGUCCUGAAUCCAAAAGUACCACAAAAUCCUCUCUUGAAAAGUCAAAGCUUGAGAAAUCGCUUCAAAAUGUUGGUCUGUUCAGCCUUACGGACACCAAGCUUGCCUCUCCAAAUACUUCUAAGACUUUUACAGAUAUUUCAACAGAUGCUGAAAGUCUCAAAAACCUUGGGCUGGACUAUCUGGACAGCACAAUAGCUGACCUACAGCUAGAUACAUCUGCUGAAUCUGAAAAGAAUUCUUUAGAUGCCUCAUCAUCUGAUGAUGAUGAUGAGCUUGAUGAAGAUGAAGACCAAUGCUCAGUCAUAGAAAUGAGAUAUCAGCGUUCACCCCCGCCCCUGGAUUUCAAAGAAACCCCCAGAGAUGGAGAGGAAAUAUCAGUGAGAGAACCACAACUUUCAGAGCUUGUUCAAGUUCGAGAAGCAGGAGAAAUCCUAACUUUUAGUCGUAGAACUAGAUCUGAGGAUAACACAACUAAGGCCUUUAGUAAAGAAGGUAGGAGUUAUUCUGAGAGUAGUCAGCCCUUUAAUAUAUUAAGUAUUCCUCCUUCCAAACCUACUACCGUUAUCCAGGAGAAAGCUUUAGCUGAUUGGAUUUCUUCAAGUUCUCCUCCAAUAAAUGAAACAUCUGUGAGGUCUUCUUUAGAGACCGAUGAAAUGAGCAGCACUAGUCACAUGAGUUCAGAUUCUGUUAUAUUUACAUAUGACAUCCCAGCCUCCCAAAGUUCAGAUUCUGAUGGCAGUCAGUUGCCAGUUGUACAUCCAUCCUGCGGAACAGAGGAUGUGUUUGAGUCCAGGCCUGCCUGGGAUGACACAGUGGAAACUCAGAUGCAGAGAAUCGGUGAUGAUCAGACUCCAGAAUUUACAUCAGCUGACUGGCAGGAUGACACUGACAGGAAAGAAGAAACAUUAGCGAUCAUUGCAGAUCUUCUUGGCUUCAGCUGGACUGAGCUGGCAAGGGAACUGGAAUUCAAUGAGGAUGACAUUCAGCAAGUCAGAACAGAGAAUCCUAAUUCCCUACAAGAGCAGAGCCAUGCCUUGUUGCAACGAUGGGUUGAACGUGAAGGCAAAUAUGCUACAGAGGAUAGCCUGAUAAAAAGACUAACGAAGAUCAAUCGGAUGGACAUAGUCCAUCUUAUUGAAACCCAGAUGAACAAGUCAGUUCAAGAGCAAACAUCAAGGACAUAUGCAGAGAUAGAAAAGACUCUUGACCACAGUGAAGUGUCAGUAGCUCUAUCUUCAGUGCAAGAGGAUACAGACAGCCCAAGAAUUGUGAGGAGGGUAGAGUCAGACCGCAGACCACCACCAGCUGUGUCUGAAGAAGACCUCUCAGUUGCCUCCUUAUUGGAUAUUCCUUCAUGGGCAGAACCUGCAGGACAAACUCACUCAGAAAGCAUGCACGGAGACUUAUUGGAGGAGCCCGAAAUCCCACAUGAACUGAACCCUAAUCUGUGGACCUCAGAGGAUGUGAUUACACAAGAAUCCACUAGUCACUCAGAUGAGCAAGUAUCAUCUUCAACUUUCAAGACAGAUAUUGCUCAAGCCCCAAAACACAACAAUGUUGAUAUGGGACAAAUUCAGGGCAUGCAAGCAGAGACACUUUUGUUGACACAUGAUUCAAACACAGCAAUGACAACAUCUCACGAUGAACCUGUGUGGGACGUAGUGAACACUGAAUAUGACAUUACAUCGACCAGCCAAAGUAGCUUUCCACAGGGAAAAUAUGAAUAUAAUGAGUCAGACUCUGAGACUCUAGAAUCACAAGAAAACUGUGGUUCUGUACUUAACAUCAAGUCCUCAAACUCUAGCCCAACAUCACAGAAAUGUGGAUCUCCUCAACUUGAUCAGAUGUUUUCUGAUUUGAAGGAAAUGAAACUGAAGUUAUCACCAGAAAAACUUGAUUCAUAUGCAUCUGAGUCCUCUGAUAGCAGCCCCGAGGAGAAAGAAGCUUACACAUAUGCAGAACUUUCACCUGAAGAGGAAUACCCUACUGAAAAUAUAAAUAAAGUCGGUGUGUUUCCUGUUCCGCAGCUUACAGAAGGUAUUGUAAAUGUAGGACAAUGUCUUGAUACAAAACAUGCAUCUGAGUCAGACUCUGACAUUCAUCAAGAAUCGAAUUCAUCAAUCCCUGAAGUCCAUCAAAAAUUUGGUGAGGAAACUCAACAACAAAGCUUUGGACACUUUCAGUCUUGCCAAAGUAUUCAGAGUCAUACUGAAACAUUUUCUUCUCCGAGAGACACACUUGAGAAAAAUCUGAAUGAGUUCAACAGGAAAAACCUCAUGACAAACACCUAUUCAAAUUGCGAAGGACAAUGCCUACCUUCACAGUCUUUAGAGUCGAGGGGCACAACAGAAGAAGCCUCUGCCGAGACUAACCAAGAUCAGCGUUUAUGGGAGGGAACCUCCACUAAAGCCAUAUCUACCCAGCCUGUGUCUGAUUUUACUCCUGACAUAGCUACAGCUUCGAGACAUUUCAGCUUUGAUGAGCUGAUACCUUACCCCUCUUCCAGGAGUGUAGAAAAACUUUCUGAUGAAUAUUUUGCCCCUGAAUCUCCUAUAUUCAAACUCAAAACUGAAACUUCCUCAUCAGGGUCUGAUGAGGAGUACACCAACCCACUAGAAGCUGCAGAGAUCUCCUCUGCUUCGGGGACCUAUGCCAGGACCCCUCUCAGAAUUGCUGAUGGGACACAGUGCAGAAUGGACAGUCCAAACCUGGAAUACUCUGACAUGGAGUCUUUUUUCGACUGCAAACAAGUAGUGUCGGAUUUGUCAGAGAAUGAAUUUGAUGCGCCUGAGACAGCUGUUAGUGCAGAUCCAGCUCAGCAUCAGUUCGACACAGGGACACAGGAAAAAGCAAAGCAAAAAAUGCUCCCGUCUUCUGGAAGUGAAGAUUAUGAAGACGCUCUUUUGGUUCAUGAGUCGUACAAUCAGGAACUUGAAGAGAGCAGAGAAUCACUACAUCACUCAGAGACAUCAGAUGAAGAAUUCUCUCUGUGCAAAACUUCUCUACCUUCUGGAACUUACUGUACUGAUAAGUCUCUGCAAAGGGAGCUCUCUGCAGAAUUUGGAUCAAUAUCAGAAAGUUCAGAUGAGGAGUUUCUGACCACCAGAAUAAUACGAAGGAGAAUUUUCAUCAAGGAUGAUGAACUAGCUCACCUCCCUGCUCAGUCCGUGACUGAAGAAAAGUACCGAGAUGAAAAUGGGCAUUUAGUUGUCAAAAGGGUUACACGAAAAGUAAUCCGCAAGUGUGCUUCUGUGGAUGGUGAAGAGAUACCGUCAGAAGGAGCUUCUCAGGACUCUUUGACUGUAGCAGACAAAGACGGUUAUUCCAGGACGGCAAAGCGGACCGUACUAAAAAGUGUUGGAGACCACACAGAGGUCACAUUUUUAAAAAGUGAAGGCUUCCUGUCAUCCAGGCAAGAAGAAAUUGAUUCAGAAAAGAAAACUGUGGUUGAGGAGGAACGGACAGCAACUUCCCAGGGAGAUCCAUCUUCGGCCUCAAAGCUCCCAUCAGCUCAAAAUUAUUCCAAACAGGGCCCACAUGCGUAAAGGUUCAACCCACAAACAGUGGUGGAAGGAUCCGUGCAGCACGAAGACGUCCUCAUUUCGCAAUUGGAGGACCCAGGAGAAGAUCAGUUGCCUGUGAUCAAUAGUAGCAACUCCACCAGGUUUUUAGCUGCUGCCAUGAAAAUGAGGACAAAAGACAAAACAGAGGUGGAAGAGCAACUGAAUGACUAACUCUCUCCCCAGAUCCCCAGCUCUCUCCACACUAAAGUCCCUGCUAAUCCUAUGCAUUAGCCACAUGCAAUCCCAGUGUGCACCUCAGAGACACCACAGUCUUCCCAUUUCAGUCCUGGAAGAUGAAUUUUUGUUUUCCAAAUUUUUUUUUCUCUUUUUUUUCACGUUAUCAAACCAUGAUUUUUUUUUGAUUUUUUUUACAUUAUUUUCUGAAGUUGCUUUGCCUUUUUAUGACCAAAGAAAGCCUUCUGUUGUUUCCUUAUUGAGUUAUUCUUAAUGUCUGGGUUGUUGUAGUUUUGCUUUAAACACAUGGAAGAGCAACAGGAAAACAGACGAUAAAAACAGAGGAAUACAGUCCAAGGUAAAGAACAACUUACCUUACAAUAAAUUCAGCUACUGAUGUCUUCGUAGGGGUUCAGAAUUAAACAAAAUAUAUAUAUAUAUAUAUAAUUUACAUCACUCUGGUCCUAACAUGCUUCUUUCACCAACAGCUCGAGUCCUUUUCAUUUUUUUUUUCCUUGACUCAGGUGGUCAGGAUGUCACAAACAGAAAAACGGACUGUGCUGACACAAAAUGUAACUGCUGCUGUCGUGUUUCGUGUAGACUAUGUGUACUCUCGUCUUUAGUAGCCAGAAACAUAUAUUAUCUAUUAUAUGAAAAUAGCUGACAUCUGUAGCCUAGGAAUUAAUAAUCACUCACGUGAAGUAAAACUGGCAUGGCUAAUCAACACGUGUCAGUGAGAUCCCGGCUUUGACUGCUUUUGCCGCUCUGUGGAUUGUCUUUCAGACUUCUUUUCCUUUCCUCAGUGUGUCUUUUUGUGUGUAAUUACAUUUGUUCCUCGGCUUUCUGAUCUUGACUCAUGAGCUAUGGAUGAUGAAUGUGUGCCGAUCAAGCUGCAGCAGUGGUGACUGGUUUCACUAGAGUUUUGCAAGCAUCACCACUUCAAAAGCUAUUUAAAUUUCAGGUAUCCAUCAGGAAAAGAGAAACAUUCACACGUUUCUGUGGAGCAUAACCAGGUAUUUGCAGAACCAUUUAAUGUAAAAAGCUUUAUUAGCUCUUUUUUUUUUUUUUUUUCUUUUUCAUUGAGAAAAUAUUUAAUUGAGUGGAUGAGUGUGUGCUUGUUUAUUUUACAUAAAUCGCUUUUGCACUCCUGAAUGUCAGGUGGGAACCCCUCCACGCUUUUUGUGCACAGGCCAUAAGGGAACAGUAAAUGGGCAGUUUCGUUGCAGAGGGUUGCGGGUUGUGGAGGACGAUGCGAUGACACAAGAUGGCUGAACGGUGUCACUGUGCUUACCUGGGACAUGUAUAUCACUCUCACUGUUUACGUUGUGAUUUAAAGAAAACAUGCAAAAUAGUGGAAGUUCACUGUGACAGGUUUGCUUUUAGUUUACUGAAACAGCAUUGUUUUUUGAUGACAGUUAUGUGCAUAUACAGCUCAUAAUUAUAUAAUUAUCUACAAGGGCAUGAAUUAUUGUAUUAAAUUUCAAACGGACUAAAAGUAAAUGGCUGCAGUGUAUCUAUGACUGGUAGAAAAUAAAAACCUACAACCA